CCUCCAAAUCACUGGAUUCAGGUGUUCCAAUCCCAUCCAAAUAAUUGGAUUCAGGUGUUCCAAUCACCUUCAUGGUCACAGGUGUAUAAAAUCAAGCACCUAAGCAUGCAGACUGCUUCUACAAACAUUUGUGAAAGAAUGGGUCACUCUCAGUUCAGUGAAUUAAAGCAUAGUACCGUGAUAGGUUGUCACCUAUGCAAUAAGCCCAUCGGUGAGAUUUUUUUUCUUUGCUACUAAAUAUUCCACGGUCAACUGUUAGUGGUAUUGUAACAAGGUGUAAGCAACUUGGAACAAGAGCAAGUCAGCCA